UGCACCAAAGUUUUCAGUUUGUCAGAUCUCCGCCCCUCUAUGAAUGUUAUAUAGUGAAACCUUAAGCGGCAGCAGGCCUUUAUUUGGUGGCCCACUCUUGUCUGGAGACUGUCAUUGUGCAGCAUUAUGAAAGGGGACACGGAAAACACAUCCAAGGUGGAGCCUUCCAAUGGGCACAGCAGGCCCCUGGACAUCGUUCCAAGUACAGAGGAGAAGAUGACAGACAGGGGUCAGUGGGGCAACAAGAUUGAGUUUGUUCUGUCAGUAGCCGGAGAAAUUAUUGGCCUGGGGAAUGUUUGGCGUUUCCCAUACCUUUGUUACAAGAACGGAGGAGGUGCUUUCUUCAUCCCAUACCUCAUCUUCCUGUUUGCUUGUGGGAUACCGGUCUUCUUCCUGGAGACGUCUCUGGGUCAGUACACCAGUGAAGGAGGCAUCACCUGCUGGAGGAAGAUCUGCCCUCUGUUUGAAGGAGUGGGUUAUGCCACCCAGGUGAUUGUUGGUCUGCUCAACAUCUACUACAUCAUAGUGUUAGCCUGGGCCAUCUUCUUCCUGUCCAACUCCUUCACCUGGGAUCUGCCCUGGGCCUCCUGCAACAACACCUGGAACACAGAUUCCUGUAUGGCAUUUCAGAGGGGGAAUAGCACCAUCAAUCACCAUGAGAACGCCACCUCUCCUGUCAUUGAGUUCUGGGAACGCAGAGUUCUGAGAAUUUCCUCAGGUAUUGAUCACAUCGGCUCUCUAAAUUGGGACCUAGUUAUCUGUCUGGUGGUUGCUUGGAUUAUCUGCUACUUCUGCAUCUGGAAGGGAGUCAAGUCUACUGGCAAGGUGGUUUACUUCACAGCCACCUUCCCUUACGCCAUGCUGCUGGUCCUGCUGAUCAGAGGGGUCACCCUGCCAGGAGCGUCAAGGGGAAUCCACUUCUACCUCUACCCCGAUCUGGGGCGGCUGUCUGACCCACAGGUAUGGAUGGAUGCUGGAACUCAGAUCUUCUUCUCCUAUGCCAUCUGCCUGGGCUGCCUCACCGCCCUGGGAAGCUACAACAAAUACAACAACAACUGCUACAGGGAUUGCCUGUCGCUCUGUUUCCUGAACAGUGGAACCAGUUUUAUCGCAGGUUUUGCCAUCUUCUCUAUCCUGGGCUUCAUGUCCUACGAGCAGAACGUGCCCAUCUCAGAAGUGGCUGAAUCUGGUCCAGGUUUGGCCUUCAUCGCCUAUCCUCGUGCUGUGUCUAUGAUGCCUUUCUCCCCUCUGUGGGCCUGCUGCUUCUUCAUUAUGAUUGUCUUCCUGGGUCUGGACAGUCAGUUUGUGUGUGUGGAGAGCCUUGUGACAGCCAUGGUGGACAUGUAUCCCUCCACCUUCCGACGUAAAAACCGCAGGGAGCUCUUCAUCCUGGCAGUGGCCGUGGUGUCCUUCCUCCUGGGGCUCAUCAUGUUGACAGAGGGCGGCAUGUACGUCUUCCAGCUCUUUGACUACUACGCAGCCAGUGGGAUGUGCCUGCUCUUUGUGGCUAUUUUUGAGACUGUUUGCAUUGCCUGGAUUUAUGGUGCUGACCGUUUCUAUGACAACAUAGAGGACAUGAUUGGCUAUCGCCCCAGCCCUGUCAUCAAAUACUGCUGGCUUUUCUUCACCCCUGCUACAUGCUUUGGAACAUUUGCCUUCGCCUUGAUCAAGUACUCACCUCUGAAGUACAACAAUGAAUAUGUAUACCCAUGGUGGGGCCAUGGGAUAGGCUGGCUCCUGGCCCUGUCCUCCAUGCUGUGUAUCCCUGUCUGGAUAGCACUGAAGCUUUACUCCACCCCUGGAACACUGAGAGAACGCUUCGUUCUCUUGACCACUCCUUCUGAUGAGUUACCGAAGACGAAACAAGAACAGGAGAAGCUGCUGGCCAUCUUCGCAGCAGACGGCGACAGCCACCAUCAGAAAUCCCCUCCCACUAAGGACGGCUACUUCCCUGUUGACGAAAAGGAGUCUCAUUGCUAGAGACUUGAGGGUUGGAAUCAGAGCCUCGUAGAGGUCGAAGGUCACUCCUCAGCUUUGACACUCUGUCUGGCCCCAUCCCAAUUCUCUCUGCAAUACCUCACCAGACAAGGUGGCGAAACAGGCACGGACUUUAGGCGUCACCUGACUUGUAACUGCUGAUCUGCUGCUGGAGCUUUGUACACUGCCCUCUGUAUGAUGGCAACAGCAUUCCUUUCACCGGUUGGUUAUCAUUCUAUUUACCAGUGGCAGUCAUAUGUACACUUGAAAAAAAUGUGGCCAUUGUUGUCACACAGUGGCUGAGAUUUCACAUUUGAUGGUGUCUGCUUUCUAAGGAAGCAUUUUUUUCUGUUAUGGACAUCUCUAAUGUUCAGUUUUUCUGACACGACAUUCCGGUUACUUUAUAGACUCUAACAGUAAAUAUGCUGCGGAUGGAGCACAAGAGGCGUCACAUGAAUCGAAGCUGUGUGUGUUUAAAAAAACAUACUAAUAAUGAAUGCUUGAGAAUUAUAUGUAGCUGAACUGACCACAAAACAAUUAAGCAUUGCGAUGUCGUUAUGUGCUCUUUUGCAGUCUUCUGAUUAUUGACAUGAUUUUAAUUUAGUCUGUUCUGCCUUAUCUCUAAUGCAUUGAAUGUUAUGAAGUGGAAAUUUUAAGUGCCUGGAGGAGACAGUUGUGCCACUUAGAUAAUCUGAAGAGGGCAGGCUGGGUGAAGGGUUUCAUUCCAAAUCUCUCUUGUCAUCUGUCUUUCUGCUGUAUAAUAAUGAACUCUUUAGAUGUUGGAAUGAGUUUAUGAUCAUUGAUUGCUGAUAGUGAAAACUUUUACAUAUAUAACUUUUAUA